AUGUCUUCUACAAUUAUUUCCAACAAUCCCAAUAACUCAGAUUGUAUUAUUAUUUCUUCUUCAAAUUCCACCUCUUCAAGAAAACGUAAACAUGAAGAAAUUUCAAAAUCGUCUCAAAACAUUAUUGAAAUUCCUGUUUCUAAUGAAAAUUGUGCAAUUUGUUUAGAAAAAAGACGAAGAACUUUUACUAUAGAAUGUCAACAUUCUUUUUGUUUAAAAUGUAUAGAAGUAUUUUUAUAUAACGAAAAUAAUUAUAUAAUUACUUGUCCUCUUUGUCGUUAUGAAUUUGACCAAGGUGAAAAAGAACUUUACUUAAAAAUAAUCAAUCUUAAAUAUAAAAUUCGUGAAGAACGAAAACAAAAAAUAUUAGAUAAAAUCAAAAGGGAAUUUAAUGAAGAAAUAGUAAUGGUAGAAAGAGAAGAAGAAGAUAAAAUAAUUAAUAUUAAAAGAAAUGCAAAAAAAAAUAGAACUGCUAUUCAUAAGAAAUAUCUUAAAAGAAAAAAAGAAGAAGAAAAAAAGGAAGAAAAAUUACUAAAUGAAUUAAGAAAUAGUAAUAAAAAUGAAAAACAAAAAUUAUUUGAAGAAAAAGAAAAAGCGAUAAAAUUACUUGAAGAAAAAUUUAAUAAUACGUAA